AUGCCAGUCCUGGAGGUGAUCUGCAGCCUGAUUGGCUGGUUGUCUCUCUACUUGUUUUUUUGUUGGAAGUUUCCUCACAGGGGGCGUGAGUGGAACUGCCGGCUCGUCACUCUGUCCCACGGGGUCGUCAUUGUGCUGCUGACAGCGUACGUCAUCUUCAUAGAUGGGCCCUGGCCCCUCACACAUGCAGGCACAGAAAACACUGAUCUGCAGAUCCUCUCCCUGGCCGUCUGCCUCGGCUACUUCUUCUUUGACAUGGGCUGGUGUAUUUGCAACCGAACCGAGGGCCCCGUCAUGCUGGCUCAUCAUGCUGCGAGCAUUGUCGGCAUCAUGCUGACUCUGCUCAUGGGGGUGUCCGGCUGUGAAACCUGUGGAGUCAUCUUUGGCAGCGAGAUCACCAACCCCCUGCUGCAGACCCGCUGGUUCAUCCGACAGGUUGGCCUGUAUGAGGGACUGCUGGGGGACGCUGUGGACCUACUUUUUAUCUUUUUGUUUGCCACUGUGAGGGUGGGGGUAGGUACGGUGAUGUUUUAUUGUGAGCUCACCUCUCCAAGGACACACCUGGUAAUGAAGCUGGGUGGAGUGGUGAUGUAUGGACUGGCCUGGGUGUUCAUGGUGGAUAUCGCCAAAUUUGGCUACAAGAAAAGUAAGGCCAAGUAUAAAAGGUGGAGAGAGAACCACAGGCUGGAAGAGACAAAUUCGCCAAAAGUGGAUGAAGUUUCAGACAAAAACAACUGA